UGCACCCCCUCCAUCGCGCAAGCGGUCUGCGCAAGUGCUAGCGGCGGGUGUGGAGUCGUUUGCAUUGCGCGGUUGGUCUGCCUAGCUUGUUGUUCCGUCGCGUCAAUUGAUUUUCCAGGGCAAGCCUAAGGCGUCGCCAUGGGAGAGCAGGGCCCGCUGUGUGUCAAUGUGCAUGCCACAAAUGCCACCACAGAAAACCUGAGUCGCCAUGACAUGCUGAACUGGGUGAACGACUGCCUCCGCACAAACUACACCAAAAUUGAGGAGCUCUGUUCAGGAGCUGCCUAUUGCCAGUUCAUGGACAUGCUCUUCCCUGGUUGCGUGAGUUUGAAAAAAGUAAAGUUCAAGACAAAUCUUGAACACGAGUACAUCCAGAACUUCAAGCUGCUUCAGGCUUCGUUCAAAAAAGUGGGCGUGGACAAGAACAUCCCUGUUGACAGAUUGAUCAAGGGACGCUUUCAGGACAACUUUGAGUUCGUCCAGUGGUUCAAGAAGUUCUUCGAUGCCAACUAUGAUGGCCGCCCGUAUGAUCCUGUGGAGGCGAGAGGCAACACAUCCGUCAUUGGCAGCGGCGGCACGUCUGGCUCCACCUCUCGUAUUGCGAACAACCACAAGGUUGCUGCUUCACGACCAGUGCAUGCGACCAAGCCCAUGGCGCGCAACGCUCCGGUGUCCAAGCCCAUCGGAGCAGCAACGCGGAUAACUGGAAGCACAGGAGCCGGCGACUCUCACAGGCUUGAGGAGCUCACUAACCAGGUUGCGGAGUUGAAGACGACUGUAGAUGGCCUGGAAAAGGAGCGGGACUUCUACUACGGCAAGCUCCGUGACAUUGAAGUCCUGUGCCAGGAGUGUGAACAGAAGCAUGGAAAGUCUCAAGUUGUCGACCAGAUUCUCGAGAUUCUCUACGCCACUGAGGAGGACCUUCAGGAAAACGAGUGUGACAACCAGUCACAGCGCGAGGGCUUCUCGGUUCCCGAGGACUACGUUGAAGAUGGCGGUAAUGUAGCCGGAGGUGAAGAGGAAGAAUACUAAACUUCUCAUCUGCUUUGGUUUGGGACCUUCUGCAAGACAGCUUACUGUUUGGCUUUUGGUCUGACAAAGAAGACGACCAAUCAGACGCUACAGAAGAGACUGUUGGUGUGUUUCGUUGAAACAGUUUCCGUUCCCAAAGCACCUCUCCUCCCUGUGCCUUCAGUUAGAGUGACCUAGAAUUGGAGAGUGCCUGGAACGCGCUUCCAAAAGGGAAGCCAAACGGCCGUAAUGCAAUUGGGGGGCGCUGCGAUCGGUAGCACUCGCGCGGCGUGGUGCAGAGGUAGUCUGCUUCCCACAUAAAAGGCCGGGGUUCGUAUCUUGGCAAGGGGUAGUGUUUUUCUCCUUUUUUGAGUACUUCAUGCAUUGAUGUUUAUAUUUAUACUGCUGCUUAAUACUUGCUUUCGUUGCUAUGUAAUGCAAGACAGAGCGGUGCAUAACAUGGAAGAAUAACCAAAUUGCUGAGAUUCAAACCCCGGUCUUUUGCGUGGGAAGUAAACAUUCUACCUCUGCACCACACCGCCUGGGUGCUACCGAUCGCAGAGCCCCCAAUGGCAUUACGGUCUUUUGGGUUCACUUUGAAUGCAUUGAAUGAGCGGCCGUUCCAGACACUCCAUGUUCUACUACUCUCUACUUCAGUUUUUGACCCCCUGUCGAGCGAUGCUUUGAUGUUCUACUUUUUUUUCCCUUACUGUUGCUGCAGAAUGGGGGGAGGGGGGGGAGGACCACACUAACUGUCCAAGCAGGAUUUACCUGAGGCAUUGAAGUACCGCUAGCCAAAGCAAUACAUUGACUUGUGGCUUUCGCAAUUUUUUUUUUUUUUUGUUCCCAAGGGUAGGCACUUUUUUAACGAAAUUUUUGAGCUCUUUCGGGGUCUUUCUUGUGACAUUGCUUAUUUUUCCCUUCAUAGAGAUUGCUUUAUGAUCUCAUGUGUGCUGCCCACAUGAUUUGAAAACGUGUAAAUGUUGUUAGGUUUGGAGGAGGUGUAUUUUCUUUAUAUGCACUCUUCUCCCUUUUAACGGUGUCUUCAAGUUGUGUUUAAUCCAAUAUUUAUAGCCAUGGUCAGUCUGAAUGGUGAGAGUGGCCACUUUGUUUUUUGGCGCCCUCUUUAUUUUUAUUUUGAAAGACUCAAAUGCAAAGUGGAGGAUGGAGAGUAUGUUAAGUCGUGGGCGUUCCUUCUUGGUGGCUCUGUGUCUGUUGGUGUUCCCAGAUAACCAGAGUUUAGGUCAUCCAGUCUCUCCUUACCUUUUGACCUCACUGUUAUAAGAAUGCAGUAGUUUCCCACUGAACGCUAAGACUACUACUGAGCAACUGCGCUAAUACUGAACAAUAUCGUUGGCAAUGCCCGUUUCAAUGUGGCCAGAGAGAUGAUGCAAUAGUGCAUACAAGACCUUGGCACACGGCUUUGCUAGAUCGUCCUGCUGCUUUGCUAGGGCGUGUUCAACCCUGUGGUGACGUCGAAAAUAGACGGUGAGAAGUGCUUGAUAGUUUAGUGUGGCAGCUGAUUGUUAGAUGCGCCUUGGGGAAGAUCAAUUGCAUUUUUGAGAGCCUGAAAUUGCCAAAUCGCGCACCAAGGAAGGCCUUGUAGAGGCAUCUGGGGUUUACAUGGCCCAAACAUGGCGCACGAGUUCAGUAUUAGCGAAGCAGCCUCUUGCCCUUACUAUAGCGGUUGGUUCGAAAGUUUUAUGGUUUCUGUUUAAACCCGGAUGCACCUUGUAAAUACGGACUUGUAAGCCUGUUGGUGUUUCAUCACUGUGCACAUGUUCAGAAGAUUAUACGCAGUGAAGGGCUCUUCUUUCUGUGUUGUUUUACAGCAGUUUCUUCCACCUUUGGCUAUUUUUAGACUAAUACGAAGCUGAUGACACUGCUGUACACUGACAUGCGUUUUUUGCUGUCUUUACACUAAUGGCAAAGUUAUGCAAUGCGAAGUGAGCCUUGCCGGUGUAAAAUUACAUUGGCAUUAAUUUAUGGUGCAGUUGUCAAUAAAACGAGUCCUACUCCUGAUUUGGUUCUUAGUUUCUUGUGUUGUCGUAGCUUGUUUACCUUGUCAGCAUAGCCAACUCUGCUUGGUGACAAAUUUGCCAUGUUACAAACCUUCUCUGUGGAAAAAUAAAGUUGCAGUGCUAUUCUUUA